GCUCAGUUUUCCUAAGUAAUUGAACUAAACGGCUUUACUCGCUGCCCUAACCAUGAGACAAGGAUAAAGACAAGGGUAAACUAGCGUUCGGCGCUAGGAGGCACAUAGCUUCCGAGGUCCGAAAUCUCCUACAAUCACCUACUUUCAUAACAACAAGCGUCCUGAUUCCUGAGUCCGGGCCUAUUUCUGCAUGGAAACAAGACUGAUCCAAUCGAGUAAUCAUAGUACAUGGCUGAGAUUGCAAACAACAACAUCCCGAAGGGCCUCUUCGCGUGUGAUCUUUGCUAUAGACGAAAAGUGAAAUGCGAUAGGCAAGACCCUUGCAAAAACUGCAUUGCAGCUAAAGUAGCCUGUCUGUGGACACGUAAGGCGCGUGAGCGUCGCCAGAAAACAAAGACGGCUGAUGCACUGAAAGGUCUUUUCAAUAGAAUAAACCACCUGGAGGGCCUUCUUCAACAGCCACGAAGCUCCCCGAGUCUCCCACUUGAACCUCAACUUCAGGCGAACAAUGCUAGAAUAACAACGGCAGAACAUGAAAGAUACGAUGGGAGCGGUAUGGAAUCGGAAUUGGAAGAAUCUGUGGAUUCGCGCCCUCUUUCCAGUAGCUGUGCAUUACAGCAAGACACUCAAUCGCUGCCCUCGGUUGGGGUCCCGGAGACUAGAAACUCUCCUAUUACGUCUCAAUUAGAGCUGAUCAGGAAAACUUUUGCGGUCGAUAGAGCGCAGAACAUAGAACUAGAUUUCGUGCUGAACGAUUCUAUUUUGGUGUGUGAAUUGACGACAACAGAUAUAAUCAAUACAAUGAAGAUGCCUCGAGUUAGACCUACAGAUGUCGCGUUCACCAACUUGGUACUUCCUCGGUCUUCAAUUGAAAAAAUGUGCCUAGAGUUACUGAAUAACACGAUCACGGAUCCACAAAUACGACUUCAAUACCACAUCAUUGUCAACUUCCAGGUUGCUCUAUCACUUGGUCAGCAGCAACCGCAAAACGAAGGUAAUGACGUUCUGAAUAGCCAUAUCAGAAAACUCCAAAGACAAAGAUUUAGGGCUUCAUUAGCUUCACUGAACAAAAUGGGAUUCCUAACCCCACCUUCUUUGUCUCUACUCCAGGCACAAUGUGUUGGCGUCAUGAUCCUACAAUAUUUUGGUGACGUGCAAGGCGCAUGGGAUGUGUUGGUAGCAGUAUCGCGCACCUUUGUCGCUCUCGGCUACAACAAUAUAACCAGGGCUCCGCAAGACCAAGAAAUUGCCGAUUGCAUGAGGUGGUUCUUUUACUGCGAUAGAGAGAUGGGACUGUUUCUAGGUAAACCAUUAUUAUUGCCAUACAUGAGUCCGCCACAAGAUAUGUUAGCAAUAAGGCAAGGUCAUCUUAGUCACGACCUUUGUACGGCAUGGGAGAGAAUCACGAAUCUAUACCCAAAAAUUCAAGAACUGGCAUCAGAGAAGAUGGAAAAGAAGACGGACAAUCACUUGGAUAGGAUGACCCGUGACUGCAGCCAAGAUCUAAACGAAAUUUACCAGAAUCUUCAAAAAAUAAACCGUUUCACCGAUCCUAUUGAAAAAAACCUCCUUCAGUGCACCGCCAUCUUGUUCUGCAAACACUACGCUGCUCACACAAUGCUAUGGCAAUUUCGUCCAGAUUUGAUGACUAGUAAAGCCACACGAAGCCAAUUGGGAAUGUAUGCAGGGUUAGCACUUGAAUCGCUGAGUAAGUUAGCCAAGUAUUUCGGGGUACACCGCUGUGAUUUGGAAAUGAUUCCAUGGGAUGUUGUCAUCUGCGGACUAGUUCCUAUGUGGGUUAUCUUCUGCAGCGUAAUACAGUGUGGGGACGAAAGAGGAUUCAAGCUGUUGAACGAAUACGCAAGCCUACUCGCUGAACUAAAGCCGUACAACCAGCUUGCCAGUAGAAUUUAUAAAAUCUGCACCGAACUCAUCCAUCUAUGCAAAACAAUACUUCCAUCACAAUUACCACCAUCCUUACCUCAACCUGAUGAUAUCUCUGAUCAAAACGUGACGACCAGCAACCAACCCUCAUCUCGGCCAACUCCUCUUCCAACGAACCAUGACGCAAGAAGGGUGAACUUUCUGAAUUUUGAUCCCUUUUUCAUUCAGAAUGACAAUGUGCCAGUAUCCGAAACGCAAGCGGCCGAUGGCGACGAUGUGAAGGAGGAUGAUACUUCUAGGAGGGAAACGGAAGAUCAUUACGCGAGGAUUUUUGAGGACGGACUGGCUAAAAUUAUAGUGCUGCGGCCGGGCAUAUAUACUGAUACAAAUCGACUUGCGGUCUCUCCUGGAUUUUCAUAAUUCAAUAGAAGAAUUUCAUGCCAUUGAAUAUUUUAUAUAGCAAUACUUUGAAUUUUGAGGUGCAGUUCAUAUACAUGCUACCAGCCUACAGCUUUAAAUGAAAUCAGAAAUUGAAUAGAUACA